UACCAAUUAUUUUGAUCUGUCAUAUAUUUUCAUUAAUUUGUUCUUAUGUUCUCUUGUUUUUUGUGUUUGAUCUAGAUUGCUAAUGAGCAAACUGCAAUCUGUAAAAGCUAGACAAAAAAUUGGUUGUAUUAAUAGACUUAGCAGGCUGGUGCAAAACAUGUUUAUGCUGUAGAAGCAUAUAAAAUGGUAGAAUACGCCCGAAAGUUGAUUGCUGGCAAUCUAUUAUAUGCUGAAAGAAUUACAGGAAAUGUUGAAGAUGUUGAGUUACCAGAGAAAGCAGAUAUUUUAAUUUCGGAGCCAAUGGUUCAAGCCAAGACACUAGUAGAAAAGUUUUGUACAGGAAAAUUUUAUAAAGCAGUGCAUUUGUGGACAUUACGACUCUCCAUAGAAAUGAUGUGCACUGAAAAUGGGUUCUCUUCAAACAAGGCUGCUCUGUUAUCAUUGUUUGAACUCCUAAGGAAUUUUCUAAUGAAGGUUUCUAUAUCAAAAGCAGAAAACUUGUGGCUUAUGGUAUGCAAAAGCCUUUCAGUUCUCUUGCUUUUAAUUUUGCUUCCCAUAGCACUGCUAAUGAAAAGAGCUUUGUGGCUUGUGAAUUUAUUAAAUGAUUUAUAAUUUUUAAUGGAAUUACGUGAGCCCUCAAGUAACCCUUUU